AUGCACCAGAUUCGGACGAACCCUCAUGGCGAUGAAAAUGAGGCCGUUUCCAUCAUCUUCGAGCAGAAGCUGCGAGACAUGCUCACCAAAAUCCGCAAGCUCGCCGCAGAAUGUACCGAAUUGGCGAUGAAGGAGGGGGCUGUGACUGAGAGGGAUGAUCCUGCUUCCAUUGUUGGCACGCGAAUAGACUUCAAGAGCGCACUUAUGUGUCAGGUGUUCAUGUCUCUCCAUCUGAUCCAAAUGACUGCUCUGCGCAUGCUCUAUGAAAUGAGUAUCAUCUACAGCUCUCCAGACCCGGAGCUGUGGGAUCAAUUCCGGGAGGUUGCGGUCGAGAACUGGAAAGCGAUGCCAUACAUUUUAUCUCUAGAGUCAAUCGUCGCCUCAAAUACGAUUGCAACAGUUUUCAUCGGUUAUGAGGCCGCAAAUGAGGAAGAGAAACUAUAUCUCCAGAACGUCAUGCUGUCUGUGGAUGAAUAUCUGGGGCGGUAUCCAAAGGACAGAGCGGCGCUAGACACCGUUAUUCUCGAAGCCGGAAAGCUGCUCACUGGGCUUAAGCCUGUGUUGAAGGAAUUGCCAAACAAUAGUUAG